UGCAGUAUCAGCAUAACGCUGGGUUCGAUUCCUAGAAGGAAACCUUAACAACCUUGAUAUCUUGAAAACUGCCAGUGGCAUUUAACGAAAAAUUCAGAUCAUUCGGAAGAUAAAUCAGCAGAGCAUAUCAUCCUGUGGCGUCCCCUGUGGGCGGAUACAAUAAGCAGCAUGAUAAGAGAGGCACCGUGCUCUCUAAUCAAAGCACCUUUUUAAUACUGGCCAUGGCAGUGCCUUAAAUUGUACGUUCUCAGAAAUGAAUUUACUUUCGCGUUCAAAUCGGCGAUUUUCAAUCCUGAAACAAUAACAAUCCGGCUGUGAAAAACGUAAAUUUAUGUUGAAGUAAGUGGUUUGAAAUGUGUCUUCGUUUAUGUGUUUAGAUAGUGUCGAAUAUGUGUAAUGUACCGCCAAAGUUCUAUCAACUGUGUCGUCUUUGUUUAUCAGAAGAUGCUGAGGCCCUGUCGUUGUUCGACAACACUGCCUCAGACAGAAAUGUACCCAGAAAAAUCAUGACGUGUCUUUCAAUAAUGAUAUCGGACAGGGAUUCACUACCUCAUGUCAUUUGCCCGCAGUGCAUCAAGCAAGUGGAGGCACUUUUCCAGUUUAGAGAGAAUGCACGACGGGCAGAAGAUAUCCUUAAUCAGUUUCUUUUAUAUACCAGACAGUUGACAGGAACUUCUGAGGAGAAAGUACGACAAUCAAGCAACAUCUUAGAAAAUAUGGUGAACACCUUCAGGAUAGCGAACGGUCGUUUAAUAAUAGAACCCUGCGAUCCCAACUCGAGGACGGAACCCGACCAGAACAGACCGAAAGACGUGGAACCGAACAAUUUACAGGAAUCCUUAUUGAAGAUCAAAGCCGAAAACUCGAUAAAAUACGGCAACGUAGGAUCCCCGAAUGAGGCGCUGGAUUACAGGAAUUGCGGCGUUGGCAGCAUGGUCCAAGAGAAUGAUCAACCGGCUGAUCUCUCUAAGAAGGCCGAAAAUGUUACGUGCGUUCCCGAGAUAGGUUACAUAAAAGAAGACGAUAAUGCUUCGGAAUACAGUAACAGUUCGGACCCGGAGAGAUUAGAAGUUGACAUGUCACAGGCGCCAGAGGACACCUCAAACUCCACGACGCAUAGUGCCCCGUCGCCACAUCCCUCAGACACCCAUAAACAAGAGGACAACAGGAACCUUUGGUGCGCAUUAUCUCAAAACGGCUACAACCCAUCUUUACCCUUAACGGGAGAGGCCAGCCAACUUCUCAAGAAACUCAUCACCUGUAGGAAGUUGGGCAUGAGCAUCACGCCGAGUCCGAGUCACUAUGUUAGCGCAACAAUAGACGGAAGGGGAAACAUGACAGUCAUGAAGGACGGUUCGCAAUCGGAACAGAGCAUGAAGACCUCCGGUAGAAGGAAACAGAGUUAUCCCACCAAAGCCAACGUUGAGGAGAAUAAGUUUGUGACCAGUUCGCCCAGUGAAGAUACCGAAGAGUUUAUGGAUUUCUCGAGUGCGAAUUCUUGGUGUAGUCUGUCUAUUGUCAAGGGAGGAAAGACUGGUCCUAAUAACAUGACUAGGAGGGUUGAUCUUGCCUGUACGAACUGCGGCACACAAACGACAACAAUAUGGCGGCGUAACCUCAAAGGAGAAAUGGUUUGCAAUGCUUGCGGGUUAUACUAUAAACUACACGGAGUGGACAGACCUCAUACGAUGAGAAGGGACACGAUACAUACGAGACGCAGAAGACCCAAGGCCAGUGAAGAGCACCAGAAGGAUAAACAGAAAGCAAUAAACUCGAAAAAAAAUAUAAAUACUAUGGAAACUAAGGAGACUGAAGAGAUGUUAUCUGCGCUCAGAAAACAGUUACAGCCUCAUCUUAUGAUGGCCCUUCAAGGUCACAAAGCAUCCAGUUUUCCCCUCAUUCAGGAUCCACAGUUCUCCAAUUUCUUGCCUAAAGGUGAAUCGCCUGGGGGUUCAACCGCCGAAAUGGACUCCGAAGAUGAAACUAUGGCCGAUGAACUACCACUAAAUUUGGUAUCGACCCAAAUAACGGAAACGGAAACUCGCUGAAACAGUGUCGCAAUAAUAAAAACCCCAUGCUCCCCGUGAUAUUAAAUACUUAAAUCGCGUUGGUAUUUGAGAAAGUAUUAUAUAUAUAACAAGUUGAGUUGCUCUAGGUCGUGAAGUUCAAUUUUUUUUCCUUCUAACUCGAAAAUCAAUACAGAAUUGUAUGCACAUAUUUGUAGCUUAUCAAAAAAAUUGAAUUUCAGGAUUACGCGAGAUUUACAGUGAGUGAAUGAUUUAUUUGUGUAGCCAACAUAGUGACUAUUUGCCAGUUUGUUAAGUUUUCAGGUUGUUAUUUGUAUUGAUGAGAUUAAACCAGUUAAUGUAAAAGAAAAUGCACCCAGAACCAGUGAGUAAUAGUAUUAGAUCAUUUUUUGAGCAGAAACCUCAAAGUAUUACUUCAACCAGUACUUAUUUUUUUUUUUCGGUAAUACAACUGAUGAGACGUAUUUCAGGUAUGCCGGUGGUUUAUACAAAUUCGAAAAUAAACAAAAUCUUGAUCAUUUUCGAAUUUGCAUAGAUUCGUGCGUUUAUAGGCCAGAAUAUUCAGUUUUUAGUAUUUUACAACUCGAGCGAUGACAAUUUAAAAGUGAACGAAGAACUUAUUUUUUAUAUUGAAAAAAAGCUUUACUUAUAUAUUUGUAACAGAUGUGAUAUUUUCCAUGCAUUAUUUUUACCGAUUACAGAAUAAUAAUUGUAACCAAAAGUUUGUUAGAAAGCCAGUAGUACCUUAACAUUUUCUGAAUGUUAUUUUUUUCUAAUACUCAGUAUAAAUAAGGUUAACUAUAAUUUAACUCUUGUAAGAUUCGAGAAUUUCACAUACGGUCAAAGUUUUUAUUUCUCUUUAUUUAUGGUUAUGAAAUUUUACAUUUAAUUGGUAACGUGUGAAAAGCUUAGUUGCGUAAUUUUAAUACUCUACCCAUAUUUAUUUCAAAAAUUCAAGUCUGUUUGCUCUCUUAUAAUGAUUUCGUAACAGAACCAAUGUGAUUUAAUCUGUAUAUAUUCUUUUAUUUCGAUUCUCUUGAAAACCCUAAUUUAUAUAUAUUUACAUCUUCUGUUUAGAGAAAGCAUUUCUUUAAUUUUUUAUGGUGCAGCUUGUAUGAAAUUUCUGUUAUUUCAACGGCAAUAUUCUUCGAAAUUAAAAAAUUUUGAAGCUAAUUUUAAGUAUUAAUGUCUCGAGUGAUAUUUCUUUUUAACAUUAUUUAACUUAUAACUUAUUAUAUCAAAAUCAGUAUUGUAAUUUUUUUUAACUCAAUCAGUUGAAUGACAUGUUUUGGCAGCUUUUUUGUUUGCUAAAUUUUUAUUGUGUGUUACUGUUGCUCUUUUUGGUUGGAUUCUUUGAAACUGUUGCUUAUUUCCCCUGUUUUCUAAUCGAAUGGACACUUUAGUAUUUUUCUGUGUAUUUAUACCAAUCAUCAACACAUUUUGGAGCAGUUGUGAUAUGUAGAUGGUAUUUUUAAUAUUACCAACGUGUGUACCUAUACACUCAUUUUGACUUUAUAGAAAGCGUUUGAAGAAAUUUUGUUAAUAGUUGCAUUAACCAUUUUGAAAACGGAUGACUAAUUUAGAAGUUAUGAUAUUUUUUUACAAAUAAAAAUAGCUGCUAAA